AACUUUUUGAAAAUCCAGUGAUCAUUCUCUUUAAUCCCAUCUUUCAUCUCCAGCUGCCUCUCUCUAUAUAUCUAUAUAUCUAUAUCCAGGUAUAUAUAUAUUAGCAUCAUCAUGUACUCUAAAGCCAAGAGUAGAUGAGAAUAAAUAGAUAAUACCAAACACCAACAACUCCACUUUGAUAGAAGCAGAAGGAUAUCAAGAACCCUAAUAAUUACAAUGGGAAGAGCACCGUGUUGUGACAAAGCUAAUGUCAAAAGAGGACCAUGGUCACCUGAAGAAGAUGCCAAACUCAAGUCGUAUAUUGAUGAAUAUGGCACCGGCGGCAACUGGAUCGCGCUACCGCAUAAAAUAGGACUCAGGAGAUGUGGCAAGAGUUGUCGCCUUCGAUGGUUAAACUAUCUUCGUCCGAAUAUCAAGCAUGGAUCUUUCUCGGAAGAAGAAGAUCAUAUCAUUUCCACCCUCUAUCUCAAUAUCGGUAGCCGGUGGUCCAUUAUAGCUUCACAAUUACCCGGGAGAACUGACAAUGAUAUCAAGAACUACUGGAACACAAGACUAAAGAAAAAACUCAUGGGAAUGCAGCGAAAAGAUCAACAAUUGUCAAAGAGAGGUGGGAUAGUCAAGCAAGAAAUGAAGAGAGAGGUUCUUGAAGAUUUAAAGGUACCAUCUUUAUCCACAAGCAUGAAUCUUUAUCAAUCUUUCUGGCCUACAGAAUUCCCUUUGAUAGUCACAAACCCUAAUCAUCAUGGUCAAGAACUUCAUGUGAAACCACAAGAUCCCACCUUUAAUCACUACCCUUUUGACACAACUUCAAUCCAACCAGAAUUGUUGGAUCAAAACAAGAAGAGUCAAUUGCCAAACACACCCUAUUUUGCUAAUGGGGAUGUUGUAAACCUAUUUCAAGAAUUCAACAAUUACCCAUUUGAGAUCAAUGAGUUUAACUACACCACACAACCAGGGCAGUUUGAUGGGUUGGUUGGGGGCUUUGCUAGCCUAGUCAAUGGAAAUAACUGCACUAGUUCUUCUGGAGAAAGUAACACUACUAACUGGUGUGAUCCUCUGGCAUUCCCUCGUCCCACCACAAUCGCGUAUGAAGAUUGCCGACGUGGACUGCUACAAUGUUGUCCUUCUGAUCUGCCUAGUCGGUUUCCAUAAGAUUCUAGGACAAAUUGUUGUUGGCAUUUUCGUGGGGAAUAUUUAUUUAAUUUGUUUUUCUUUAUUCACUAUCACUUUCAUUCUGGUUUACUGAGAUUUCUUGAGA